AUGGGCGUCCAGAUGCUGUAUGAAUGCUCGGGUGAGGCGAAGCAAGAAGCAAAUAACUCGUGCUACAGAUGGUCAGUCAGCACAUCCCACCGGAGUGGUGGCCGGAGUAUGAAAGCACUGCUAUACAUCUUUCAACAUCCGUCAAGUGCUCGCCGUGGGACCAGAUUAUCCUCGGCUUUAUUGGUAUUCGUGGCUAAACAAUCAUCAGAUCAAUCUGAAGCAGAGUGGCUGAAUCUCGCCAAAACCAUGGGUUUCGUUGUGACUCUCAGACCUCGACCCGCGAAACAUGUCGCAGUGCAGAAACAGAAUGUCUGGUCCAUGGUGAACGAUGCUGCUGUCGCCUCACCAGUUCAACCUAUCGUCAAUAUGGAUCAGGGAUUCUUUGACUACAAUCCACCAGAUUUCAUUAUGGACGCCGCUCAGGACGCCUGA